AUGGAGGAGGAGAAGGAGGCGGAGAAGGAGGAGGAACCGCCGCGGAGGAGGAAGCCCAGACCCGGAUCCGCUCAUCCUCUCCGGCUGAAGGUGAGAGGGAAAGCUCCGGAGCGCUGCGAAGGAAGGAGGAAGAGGAGUGUGAGCUCCUGCGCGCGAGUGGUGACCAAGUCAGAGCGCGGAAAACAUACGGGAGACCACGUGACGGGAGCGCACAGCUGGAAUUUUCAUAUUCUGGACGUGGGGUUUGUCUCCAUGCGCAGAAAAACAGAGAAACAUCAGAGAGUCAACACUGGAAGUGAAGCGUUCUGUGGUUUCAUCUUCUGA